AUGGCUCUUCCCAAUACCUAUGUGUUGAUCUUUGCCUGUACCUGUGGAGUGAUCCUGGGCAUCGGGCUCUGUGCCAACCUGCUGGUCUUCUCUCUGUUCGCCAAGUACAACACGCUGCGUAAGAACCGCCUUGACAUCCUCCUCCUCAGCAUGACUCUUGCUGACUUCCUCACCCUGCUGCUCAUCCCCUUCACCCUGCACUCUGCGGUCAGCUACUCCUGGCCCCUGGGGGAUACCUCCUGCAAGGUCUACCAGUUCCUGCUGGCCUUCAGCCUUGCAGCCAGCACAUACUCGCUCUGUGCCGUGUCCAUGACCCGUGCCAUGAUCAUAACCAACCCGUACCAGCCGCCCACCAUGGACCUGGUCAUCCUCAUGUUUGUCCUGGUCUGGGCCCUCAGCUUCUUCAUCAGCCUGCCGCUGCGAAUGUUUGCCACCAAAGAGAGCCUGGGCCUAAGCCUGGCUAACUUCACCUUCUGCCUUCCAACAAUUCAUGAGCACCAUUACCAAGUGGUGUUGAGCCAGUUUGUACUUUAUUACUUUAUUCCAAUGCUAGUCAUUGCCUUCAACUAUGUCCGACUGGCUCAUUUUCUCCACAAGAGCCCUGUAAUGUCGGUGUCCAGUGCCAGGAACACCCGCCGCGCCUCUGUCAUGGUGUUCUUGGCUGCUGCCACCUUCUCAGUGUGCUGGCUGCCUGGUUAUGUGCUGGAGCUGUGUGUGUACCUGGACCUGUAUCGCCAUGGACAGGCCUGGGAGCUGUUUUACUUCAUCUGCACUGUGCUGCAAUACCUGCACCCCUGUAUCAACCCUGUGCUCUAUGUGCUGCUGUCAAAGCGCUACCGCCACAGGAGGGCAGCCUGGCUCUUCAGCUGUAACAAGAACCGAGUGCAGCCUCAGGUCAUCAGCGUCACCACAGACACCUUUAAAUUCAGCUGA